GCGGUAGCGGCUGAGAUAGCGGCUGCAUCUCCUCCUUCUCCUCCUCCUCCUCCUCCUCAUCUUCCUAACGGACCCCGGGCCUGGUCGCCCCCGUCGUGGCCACCAUGAGUCGCAACUACAACGAUGAGCUGCAGUUCCUGGAAAAGAUCAACAAGAACUGCUGGAGAAUCAAAAAGGGCUUCGUGCCCAACAUGCAGGUUGAAGGUGUCUUCUAUGUGAAUGAUUCUCUGGAAAAAUUAAUGUUUGAGGAAUUACGGAAUGCCUGCCGAGGUGGUGGGGUUGGAGGUUUCCUGCCUGCUAUGAAGCAGAUUGGCAACGUGGCAGCCCUGCCUGGGAUUGUUCAUAGAUCUAUCGGCCUUCCUGAUGUCCAUUCAGGAUACGGGUUUGCUAUUGGCAACAUGGCGGCCUUUGACAUGAGCGACCCUGAAGCAGUGGUGUCCCCAGGUGGUGUUGGCUUCGAUAUCAACUGCGGGGUGCGCCUGCUGAGAACCAACUUGGACGAGAGCGACGUGCAGCCCGUCAAGGAGCAGCUGGCCCAGGCCAUGUUUGACCACAUUCCUGUCGGCGUCGGAUCCAAAGGCGUCAUCCCGAUGAAUGCCAAAGACCUGGAGGAGGCCUUGGAGAUGGGCGUGGACUGGUCCCUUCGGGAAGGCUAUGCCUGGGCAGAGGACAAGGAGCACUGUGAGGAGUACGGGAGGAUGCUGCAGGCCGACCCCAACAAGGUCUCUGCCAGGGCCAAGAAAAGAGGCCUGCCUCAGUUAGGGACCCUGGGAGCCGGCAACCACUAUGCAGAAAUCCAGGUUGUGGAUGAAAUUUUCAAUGAAUACGCCGCCAAGAAGAUGGGCAUUGACCAUAAGGGACAGGUGUGUGUGAUGAUCCACAGCGGAAGCAGAGGCCUGGGCCACCAGGUCGCCACAGAUGCUCUGGUGGCUAUGGAAAAGGCCAUGAAGAGAGACAAGAUCGUGGUCAAUGACCGUCAGCUGGCCUGUGCGCGCAUCGCCUCCCCGGAGGGGCAGGAUUACCUGAAGGGAAUGGCAGCGGCGGGAAACUACGCCUGGGUCAACCGCUCCUCCAUGACCUUCCUCACCCGCCAGGCCUUUGCCAAGGUCUUCAACACGACCCCCGAUGACCUGGACCUUCACGUGAUCUAUGACGUCUCCCACAAUAUUGCCAAGGUGGAGCAGCACGUGGUGGACGGGAAGGAGCGGACGCUACUGGUGCACAGGAAGGGGUCGACCCGUGCCUUCCCCCCUCACCACCCGCUCAUCGCCGUCGAUUACCAACUCACAGGACAGCCAGUGCUCAUUGGUGGCACCAUGGGGACCUGUAGUUAUGUCCUUACUGGCACCGAACAAGGCAUGACUGAGACCUUUGGAACAACCUGCCAUGGAGCGGGUCGUGCGUUAUCCCGAGCAAAAUCUCGACGUAAUUUAGAUUUCCAGGAUGUCCUAGACAAAUUGGCAGACAUGGGAAUUGCCAUCCGUGUUGCCUCCCCCAAGCUGGUCAUGGAAGAGGCUCCAGAGUCCUAUAAGAACGUGACUGACGUGGUGAACACCUGCCACGAUGCCGGCAUCAGCAAGAAGGCCAUUAAGCUCAGACCGAUCGCUGUGAUCAAAGGGUAAAGGAGCUCCUGGCCAGGCCGCCAGACACCGCCAGCCCUCGCUGACAUGGACACAGAUUCACUCGCUCUCGGAAGUGCCUCGCCAUCUGGCGGGCUCCACAGCACCCUGACGGCUGCUGGCGCCACUUCGGACUCGCUGUUUUCCAGAGCCACAGCUGGGAAGCUCGGCUCCUUUCCCUAAGGGUCCCCGGUUUUUAGGAAAAUCCUUGGGGUGGGGACAGAUCAAAACAUUGCCUUACUGUUUUCUCUAAGUCUUUCACCCUCAGAAUGAACUUCUUCUCACCGAGCUCUUGAUUUCCAGCGAGGUGUCAUGAAGAACAUUCUAUUAAAGGAGGUUUGGAAUGUU